AUGGACUUCGUCAUGAAGCAAGCGUUAGGGGGGGCCACCAAGGACAUGGGGAAGAUGCUGGGUGGAGAGGAAGAGAAGGAUCCCGACGCGCAGAAGAAGGAGGAGGAGCGGCAAGAAGCACUUCGCCAGCAGGAGGAGGAGCGGAAGGCCAAGCACGCCAGGAUGGAGGCCGAGAGGGAGAAGGUCCGGCAACAGAUCCGGGAUAAGUACGGCCUGAAGAAGAAAGAGGAGAAGGAGGCGGAGGAGAAGGCGGCGAUGGAGCAGCCGUGCGAGGGCAGCCUGACGCGCCCCAAGAAAGCCAUCCCGGCGGGCUGCGGGGACGACGAUGACGAGGAGGAGGAAAGCAUCCUGGACACGGUGCUCAAGUACCUGCCCGGGCCCCUCCAGGACAUGUUCAAGAAGUAA